AAGGGCCCCCAUCCGCCGCUUUGCUACCAUUGAGUUUCCACCAACACACCGGCCACCAAUGUAAUCCGACUGCCGCAAUUAUGUCCAAGCAGCCGUCAUUAUUGACAGCAGCGGCAACCCCUCUUCAUUUGUAUCGGCAUAUACUACGUGAAUGCUCCUAUCUCCCGCCCGCAUUCCGUACCACCAUCACAGCCCUCAUCCAAGACCGAUUCCACCGCAACACCAAAAACGAUGACCUAACGGCGAAGCGCACCAAACGAGCAAACAAUGUGCUCCGCACUGUUCGAGCGGCGAAUAAUGGCGACAGAAUGGCUAUGAUAACUCUAAUCGACAAAGCAUUCGGACGUACCGGCCCGAGGAGACGAGAGCUCAUGGGUGAUUUUGUCAGACCGCAAGGACCGCCCGAUUCGGCGGCGUUGGAGGUUGCACUUACGUCCAUUGAGGCACCCGAGUCGACCGAAAAGGAACAAGUCACAAAAGGAAAGGGAUUCUUAACGAAAUGGGACACCAAGAAGCUGCUCAACUUGCUUGAAUCGCAGCGAAGAAAACAGGGCCACACACGGACAAUGAUAGGAUGGGCUGGGAGCGCAAUCAAGUCCACCAACCCGGACAGUCUAAUUCCGGAACUUACGCCCUGGAAAACAAAGCCGUCCGAAUCGCUGGCAAACGCAAAACGAAUCAAGUGGUGGAAGAGAAACAUUGAAAAGAUGAUGCCGCCGCUAGGAAAGGGAGGGUGGGAUCUUCUCAGCAAGCUCACAAACGAUUUGCAAGCCCACGAUGCCAGCUGGCAGGUCCCGCCUCGCCGAGCCGGUGCUGUUUCUGCCUUAACAAAUACUUCUAGCACUGGCAAUUGGCAAGAAUAUGCAACCGGAACCGCUGCCGUUAUUGAAAAGAACAAACGCGGUGACGCAGUACGGCGAUCUGGACAGGUGGAUGACAGCCCAUACUCGCCACGCUUGCGCCGGGCUGCCUUCUCGGCUCGCUGGUUCCGCAGGGCAUAUGAUCGUACAUGGCAGCGAACACCAUUCAUGGACCAAGAUCCCAACAAUCUGGGCUACAAGUUCCGCUGGGGCGAGGGCAAAGUGCGCAUCGCCGAGCCGUCAGCCAAACAGCUUGAAUUUUUUAACACCCCAGAGGCAAAGCCCGCGUCCAGCAAGAAGAAGAAACAAUGACGACUG